UUGUGUAGUAUCCGUGACUGCUGGGGGCUGCAUAUUGACACUCCGUCAACCGAGUUGCCUUUCAUUCAUCCAUUGCCUUGAAUAAAUCGUUAUUUCAUCAUGUUCUUCCUCAGGAAGUCUAUCACACACGCUGUGCGAGGUCUUCGUGUGAAAAGCUUCAGUGUCAGUGCGGUGACCCAGAGUCAGACAGUGGUGAGUUUGAAGGACCGCAACUUUCUCACCCUCCGAGAUUUCAACCCCGAGGAGAUCAAACACAUCCUUUGGGUCUCCGCAGACCUGAAGCAGCGGAUCAAGCAGGAGGGACAGUUUCUGCCACUGCUGCAAGGGAAAUCCAUUGCCAUGAUAUUUGAGAAGAGGAGCACCAGGACACGCAUGUCUACUGAAACAGGUUUUUCUCUGCUAGGGGGCCACCCGUGUUUCCUGACUCCUCAGGACAUCCACCUGGGAGUCAACGAGAGCACUACAGACACCGCCAGGGUGCUUGCUGGCUUUGCUGACAUUGUGUUGGCCCGCGUCUACAGUCACGCCUCCCUGCAGGAGCUGGCCAAUCACUCGACAGUACCCAUCAUCAACGGCCUAUCAGACCUCUACCACCCCAUCCAGAUACUAGCAGACCUCCUCACCUUACAGGAACACUACGGUUCCUUGUCUGGGCUGACCGUGUCAUGGAUCGGCGAUGGCAACAACGUGCUUCACUCCCUCAUGAUGUCAUUGGCCAAACUGGGUGUCAAUCUCAGAGUGGCCACGCCCAAGGGGUAUGAACCUGAUAGUGGAGUUCUCACUGAGGCACAGAGACUCUCCAAAAAGUACGGUACGGAGCUGUUCAUGACCUCUGACCCCAUGGAGGCAGCCAGUGGAGCCAACGUGCUGGUGACGGACACCUGGGUCAGCAUGGGACAGGAGGAGGAGAAGAAGAAGAGGCUACAGGACUUCACUGGUUACCAGAUCACCAUGCAGACAGGAAGAGUGGCUUCACCUGACUGGACGUUCCUCCACUGCCUGCCGCGCAAGGCUGAGGAGGUGGAUGACGAGGUCUUCUAUUCACAGAGAUCACUCGUCUUCCCCGAGGCAGAGAACCGCAAGUGGACCAUCAUGGGUUUGAUGGUGUCAUUGUUGACCAACUACACUCCGAAGACCGCUCCACUGAAGAUCUGAAGAGUGUGUAUGUGUCUGAGAGAGAGUGUGUAUGUUAGUGUGUGAAUGUGUGUGGGUGUGCAGUAUGCUGAAGUUGUUUGACUGUGUGAGGAGUGUGUGUGUGUGUGUGUGUGUGUGUGUGUGUGUGUGUGUGUGUGUGUGUGUGUGUGUGUGUGUGUGUGUGUGUGUGUGUGUGUGUGUGUGUGCGUGUGUGCGUGUGUGUGUGUGUGUGUGAGACUCGGCCCUGAAGUGGGCCAGUUCAGAGCUUAUCACAGCAUUUGUAUGAUAAGAGGAGUGUGUGUGUGUGUGUGUGUGUGUGUGUGUGUGUGUGUGUGUGUGUGUGUGUGUGUGUGUGUGUGUGUGUGUGUGUGUGUGUGUGUGUGUGUGUGUGUGUGAUGUUUACAAGGUGUGUAUUGA